AUGAGCGGGUCAUCUGGGCUGGGUCAGGCCGAGCUGACCUACCUAAUAGUUUUCUGCACGCUUGUCUCACUGAUGCUUAUUUGUGCGCUUGUCACACUCAUAUACUACUUAUUCUUUAGAGACUCGCUGCUUGGGCCUCACGAUGACGAGAACAACGUGAUCUGCGACGUGUUGAGGUACAACCCGGCCAACUACCGCAACCAGGCUCUAUUUCAGUCUCUGAACGAGGUGGACAAAUUACGUUUUGCUCUGGCUAGACAGUUUUUCGAGGAAAAGCCUCCUAUUCUGCGCUUUAAUAACACCCCGGGCGAAAUCGACACAACCUAUUUACUAAUUAGAGACCGCGGCAUCAGCAGUUUCUAUUUCGAGACGUACUACGACCAAAUAUCGGAGCUGAGCCAGUCCUUGUGCGAUUCAGAGGCUGAGGAGGCGUCCGAAACCACCGCGUUGUUGCAGCCCAAGAGACCAGAUUAUGCGCGGGCACAGUUCAAGAGAGUGCCCUUUUACGUCGAGGACCUUACAGAGAUCUCUUUUGUAGGCUCUGAGCAGAGUAGCGCCAUUUUGAACCUGCCAGUGCCGAUCAGAAACCGCAAGAAUGACACAGUCUAUUUCGAGGCCAAGCUAUACGAUUUCGACCAUCGCCGCUGCAUGGUCUCUGUUGGUCUCUGCACGAAGCCGUAUCCGAACUUUCUGCUGCCAGGCCUCCAUCCUUAUUCGCUUGCUGUACAGACCGAUGGGUGUCUUCGUUUGAGCAACAGGCCGUUCCCUAACGACCCCGACUUGCCUGUUAUUCUGCCCCAGCUGCUGGAAGGAGACGUGAUAGGAAUUGGCUACAAGGCCUCGAACGGUACUGUUUAUGUGACGCACAAUGGUAAGAAAAUCAUCGAGGCCGUUCAGAACCUGAAAACAGAGCUCUAUCCGUGUAUCGGAGCGGUUGGCGGGCCGUGCACGGUCUCGGUGAACCUGGGCCAGAUUGGGUUUGUUUUCAUCGAAGCCAACGUGAAGAAAUUGGGUUUCUGCGAGAGCCAGAACGAAGGCACCAUCGGCGCACCACCGCUAUACUCCCCUAAAUUAAUCAAGAACGAUAUUCUUCUAGACCAGGGAGAACAGCUGCCUCCAGAAUAUCCUUCUGACGAGGAAACAUUUUUUGGACCCAAGCCGUAUCUAGAAAAAUCCAAGAAACGUGUGGGGACUCCGGAAUCCGACCCACCUCCUUAUCUCGGGGGUAAUAGCGAGAAGACGUCGCUUGAAGACGACCAGCCAAGCGUCAUGGACCCCACAGAGUACGAGCGACGAAUCGAUAAUAUAGGAACUUCCCCCGCACUUGGCACCAGCAAGACUGCGGGACCGUAUAUAGGAUAA